GCUAAAGGUUUUGUCUACCCUUAACCUGGUUCACAUUGGCGCUUUAUAAGCCCUGUAACGUCUUGUGCUGGGAGGAGGGCUUCCACACCCCUGAGCCAGAAAGUUACAGCGCUGUGAGCUGCCAGUGUAGGAGGAUGGGGCUGUUGCUAAAGAUUCUUCUUCCGCUCGUGGGAUUAUUCUUGGCCGUCUAUUUUUAUUCAAAGGAAGAUUUUAAACCAGAGAUGCUGAGAGGAAAGCGAGUGAUCAUCACUGGCGCCAGCAGUGGAAUUGGAGAGCAGAUGGCUUAUCACCUGGCACAGAUGGGAGCUCACGUUCUGGUCACAGCCCGGACAGAAGCCAAGCUUCAGAAAGUUGUCGCACAGUGUCUGGAGCUGGGCGCCGCAUCUGCUCACUAUGUGAAUGGCAGCAUGGAAGACAUGAGACUGGCAGAGGCUGUAGUGAAGGAAGCCAAACAACUAUGGGGGGGCCUAGACAUGCUGAUCCUCAAUCACAUCGGUUACACCUACUUUAACUACUUCAAUGGAGACGUGGAGCACAUACGAAAGCUCCUGGAGACUAACUUUCUCAGCUACGUGGCCAUGACGGUCUCGGCCCUGCCCAUGCUGAAGGAGAGCACGGGCAGCAUCGUGGUGGUUUCAUCCAAAGCAGGUAAAAUUGGAAUUCCGUUUGCUGCUUCCUAUUCUGCGACUAAGUUUGCCCUGGAUGGGUUUUUCAGCUCCUUGCGACAGGAAUUAAUCAUUGAGAAUAUCAAUGUUUCUAUCACACUCUGCAUCCUGGGCCACAUUGCUACUGAAACUUCUCAGAAAAUGGCUUCCCACGUGUUACGGAGCCCAGCUGCACUGAAGGAGGAAUGCGCACUGGAGAUUAUCAAGAGUGGAGCUCUGCGGAAACGGGAACUACACUAUCCGUACAGCUCUGUGAAAAUCCCCCUCUUAAUACGAGACUGGGCCCCAGAAUUUUUGGACUCUCUCACAAGAAAUAAUUUAAAUGUGGAAAAUGUGAAAAGAAGUUAGGUUGUCACUUGCACCAGGACCUAGAAAAUAGAGUGAAUGGCAUGAACUUCAGGUGAAGGGGAUAUUUUGUUUUCAGUCUCAAUAUUUUGGACACUAUUUUCAAAUGCAUCUGAAUGACUUGGCAGCAACAAAUCCGAUGGACUUGCAGUGAGGCUUGUAUAUCUAAGGCCCUCUGGUGCUUCUGAAAAAUCGGUUUCCUUUAUUUUUAUGGUUUUCCGUCUGGAAAUGAGAUGAUUGGGCAAACCAGCAAACUCUCCACUGAGGGAAGAACAGCAUUAGCAAUGGCUGUGUUCAUGGUUGCUGGGAUGGGUUUGGACUUUGAACCAUAGCAGUCAUUCUUAGACAGGGGUGGACAAUAGGAAGAUGGCCGUUCACCAGGGUUAGCUGCUGGUGGAACACUGCUGUGCCGCAAUAGGUAGGGGUGCUUGCAGGUCCUGCUGGCCACAGACCACAGUUCCCAGCCAAUGGGAGCUGCGGGAAACAGCUUGGAACAGGACACCACUUCUUGCAGCUCCCAUUGGCUGUAAACGGUGAUCUGCAGCCAAUGGGAGUUGCUAGCACCCGUUCCUAUAGAGGCACAGGUAAAUACAGUACAGUGGCCUGCCAGGGGCUAACUCUGGCAAACCACAUCCAGCCUGUGGGCUGGUUUUUGUCCACUACAGUUCUUACAUCUCCCAAUGCUGCAGACAGCUCAGGCUGUUUCAACAGCAGCCUUCCCAUUUUCUCUGCUGCAGAUUGCUUAAGAAGAAAUCUGCAUUUUAAAUGCUCUUGCAAAACCCAGGGUGAGCAGCCUCAAGCAUCGCAUCUCCCAACAUCCUUUCAGGCUAGAUACUAAUCAUCAUCAUUCGCAGCGUUGAGCCGCAUUAUAGUGGUGCCUAGGAGCCCAGGCAGGGAUUGGAGCCCUAUUUUGCUGUGCAUUGGACGCACACGUCGGAAGAUUUCCGGUCCCAAACAACUUACAGUUUUGCACACAAGAAUGCCCACAUCUAGAGGUCAGUUCUGCAUUCCAUGAACACCCAAAACUCCAGUCAAACCUGACUUCAAGUUCCUACCCACUUCACUAGUUUUUGGGCAGAAUCUUCCAAGUUCAGAGAUCACAUCUUUCAGCACGGACGUGCAGGCACAUCUGUGGCUGAAAACAGCUGCAUUUCAAGAGACCCGUCCAAAAAUCUUUGCAAUGGGUGGUAGAAAACCUAUAGCAGCACCAAGAACAUAAUAGCUUUAAGAAACCGCAACCUCAUUUUUAAGUUCUUAUUGAUAACGUACAUCAGGAAACCAUACUAAGAGCUAUGAAAACUAUUCCUGUCACUGACUGCUGGGCGUCAAAAGCACAGUGAACUUAUGCUUCUUCAAAAUUAAGUGCAGUGGGAUAAAAACUUACACGGAGUCCCACAAAUUAUCAAAAAUAAUCAUGUAUAAAGCGUAAUGGAGUAACAGAGGAUGUGAAUAAAGGAGACUCUGUGAAAGGUGUAUUUUACGUAUUUCUCUCCAGUUGUUUACAAUGGUUUGACGUAUUACUUAGGUUGUUUGUGAUUUUACAUAAUUUCCCCAAAGUUUGGAUCUAAAAAAUACAAAUAAAGCAACGAGACACAAUCCAGCAAGCUC